UUCACUUUCCAUAACUCACCGACCAUGUUCUCUCCGCCAAGUGUUCGUCUGCUGAUGGUCCCACUGGCCUCGGUGCGGUCCUUGCUGUUCACGUUCAGGAAAACCUGUCGAGUGUUUUGCGAAAAUACCUCCCUCCACGGGCUGAAAUACGUCGUUGGAACUGGAUUUUACGAAAAUUCCGGCCACCAACGGUUAGCCCAAGUGACGUGGGCCAUCAUUUCACUGCUCGGGAUUGUGUUCACCAUGGUCAUGAUGAAGCUGUCCUGGGUGCGCUUUGGGAGUACGCCGACGAUAACCACCAUCGAAACGACCACCUAUCCGAUCUGGAACAUCCCGUUUCCGGCGGUAACGAUCUGCAAUAUCAACAAAAUUGACCGGAGCCGGACGAGGAACUUGACGCGGCAGUUGGAAUCGCUCGGUCUAACACACAGUCAAGCGGUCAACUUGCUGGUGGCAAUGGCCAGUUUGGUUAAUUUCGAUGCAAUUAACGCCACGUACACGGAACAUGAAAGACUUCUCGGUAAGCUGGGCUACAAUCCGCAAACAAUGCUGCUGGACCUCAACCAGCCGUGCCCUUCGCUAAUCCGCUACUGUUACUGGCUCGGACAGGAAGUUCCGUGCGACAAGUACUUUCACGUCACGAAAACCCACGUGGGCUUCUGCUGCUCGUUCAACGUGGUCCCAGCCAUGCUCGUGGGCAACAAGGCCACCCAGCUGUCGACGCGAGGCUCCACCGACAUCCGGCUUUCUGGGGCCGGAAAGCACGUGGGGUUGUCCGUUACGGUGGACAUCGAACCGCAGAAUUACAUGGCCCCGACCAAGUCCUUUUUCGGAGCGGAGGUUUUCCUGCACAGUCCGAACGAUUUUCCCGCGGAUUCCGAUUUUGAGGACACGCUGCAGCCGGGCUGGGACGUGGACUUUUGCGUAACGCCAAUGCCGAUCGAUAGUAGCGAUUCGCUGAGGCGGGUUCCGUUGAAGAAGCGACAGUGCUUCAUGGAGGGCGAGGGAACUGUCCAGUCGGGUAGUCCGUUCAGCUCGAAUCUGUGCAUGUCCGAGUGCCGGCUGAGGACCAUCGUGAAGCUGUGUAACUGUGUGCCAUUUUUCUAUGCGGAUUUCAAUAUUUCAGAAACAGAAGGAGUCAAAUUAUGUACUUUGGCCAACGUCAACUGUUUGAGACAUUUUAGAAAAGACUUUUACAGCUUGAAGCCACCUCGGGGAAUUUCUGGCGAACACUUGAGGUUUGAUCUUGGCAUGGAUUGUGACUGUAUGCCAUCAUGUUCGUUUUUGAACUAUCAGGUUCAAAGUAUUUCUAGUAGGAGAAAAGCUGGGCCAUUUGCUGCUUCAUCAUAUUUUGGCGGUCGCAACGUGUCCAGCUUCGCCACCCUGCACGUGCACUUCAAGGACCUGUACUGCGUCAAGUAUCGGCGCGAUGCGUUCAUGACCUGGGACGUGCUGUUGGCCGCAUUCGGGGGCAUCUUUGGCCUGUGCAUGGGCGGCUCGGUGCUGAGCGUGGUGGAACUGCUGUACUACUUUUUCGUCAAACCGGUCACGUUCUACAAGCAGGAUCAGAAACGGCGGGAAGCUCGAGGAAAUGUAUUGGAUGUGAGGGGGCGAUCGCGGAUUGGACAAGGCUUUCAACCGGGUCGCUAUCCGGUGGGGUAUUUUGACCGGAAGAAAGUGAUCAUGAGAGAUCGGAUGAGUGCAAAGGGUAAGAAAAAGGGAAUGGGGAUUUCAUCGUUUGGAUCGUUUAGCAAGGGACGUCAGAGUAAUGAACCGGAAACGUUAUUUCUGUAUUGAUUCGGGACUCAUCUUUAUUAGCACUCGAAAUUGGAUUACAGGUGUUGUUUGAAGUUUGUAUUUAUUGCAGUAUAUUUACACUUAAAGAUAACACUUAUAAUGCUAGGGCUUAAGUCUAAGUCAUGUAAUGAAAUCGUUCCGCUUUGAAGCAGCUUAGAACGUACUUAAUAUAACUUCUAGCGGAGGAGUGCACUUUAAUAACUGUAAAAUUUAGAAUUUAACAUUAAAUGUGUGUUAAAAUAUAGCACCCAAAAU